GUUUAAACUCGAAGAACAGUCUUGACCAACACGAGAUGUAUUCACUUUUGACGCUCCUCUUCGUCCUCUUCUUCUCUGGAAGCACUCUGCUCGUUCAAUGUGGUGGAAAGAAAAAGGGAGCAACUUCUGCCGAAGGAAAAUCUUCGACGAUGGGCCCGGCUCCUGGAGGAGCUCCUGCUGCUGCUUCCGCUCAAGGAGAACCUGAAGAGAAGGAGUAAUGAACAAUUCUACGCCAAGCAAGAGACCUUCGAUGAACUAGUUUUAUUCAC